CCAGUGGCGGUAUUUCGCUGGUAAAAGUGAAUUUUUCUCGCAGCUUUUGGGAGAGACGGGUAUAAAUAUAAAUGUUGAUCUCAGAGCUGCGCGGGGACGCGCCGGAGUAACGGCACACGUCGUUGUCGUCGUCGUCGUCGGUGCUCCGUGCUGGUCAUGUAACGACCCGGACACGUCGUCGUCGUUGUUCAACCGCGCCAAGCCCACCUAAAUUAAAUGUUGGGAUAUCCGCCGAUGUCACGACUAGAAUAUUCCACUGUAGGUCGAGUAUGAGCCGGCGUUGAGUACCGCGUUACCGCCUGACAGUCCUGGACGGUCCGCGAUCCGCCGAAGGAUCGGAAGCGAUGGGCUUCUCCACGAGCCUGCAGGGUCAGGCAUCGCACGAGGCGCUGCUGGCCCGCCAGGAUGCCGAGAUCAAGCUGCUGGAGACGAUGCGAAGAUGCCUCACGAUGAAGGUCAAGUCCGACCGGGAGUAUGCCUCGACCAUUACCUCGCUCACCGCCCAGGGGAAAAAGAUCGAGCGUAACGAGGAUCUCGUCGGCAGUCUCAUAGCGCAGAGCUGGAGAGACAUAAUGGACACGAUUGAUCAAACGGCGAAAUUGAUCAAGCAGCAGGCAGAUUCUAUUGAAAAUAUCGUUGUAGAUCAGUUGAGUACAUUGUACUCGGAAAGAAGGAGAGCCAGAAAGUUGUAUCAAGAGGAACAGAAUUGGCUGAAUAAUCAAUUUCAGCAGCUGACGGAAGAUGUAACUAGGAAAAAAGUGGAAUAUCAGAAAAGUUUGGAGGCGUACAAAUUCUCGAGGUCGAAAUUUGAAGAGUUAUAUGUUAAGUCUGGUAGAGGAGGUCGCAAGUUGGACGAACUAAGAGAAAAAUAUCAGAAGGCGUGUAGGAAGCUUCAUCUAACGCACAAUGAAUACGUCCUACUACUAGGCGCUGUGACAGAAUGUGAAAAUGAUUUAAGAACUUGUUAUUUGCCAAGUUUGCUUCAUCGACAACAGGCUAUUCACCAGGAAUUCAUAACUUCAUGGAAAGGAAUACUUCAGGAUAUUGUCAAGUAUACAGAUUUUACAACAGAGAAAUUCUUGGAGAUCCAUGAAAGAGUGUUGAAGGCAGUCGAUAAUAUUAAACCUAUCGAAGAGUAUAGAGAUUUUAUUGGAAAGCACAAAACUAGGCCAGCAUCUCCGAUAAGAUUUACAUUCGAUGAAAACCUUGUGGAUGACACUUCAGGAAAAUUAUCGCCAAAUAAGCUGACUGUCGAUAACUUAACUAUAGAUUGGUUGAGAAGUCGUCUCACGGAACUCGAAGCUUCUCUAAAAACCACGCAAAAUCGACAGAGCCCGCAAUUCUCACAAGAAAAUAAUGGCGAUUCUAGGAUUAAUGUCUUGGACUAUUCUCGCGAAAGAGAAGAGCUGAGAAUACGUUGCCAGGAGAAAAAAUUAAAGAAACAAGUGGAGGUCAUUAGAAGCGCUCUCAAUGAAUUAGGCUGUGAAGAGGUACCUUCGGGUUGUGAUCUUUCCGUGGAAGGUUCUUUCACUGAUUCACCUGCAAUUAAUAAAAGAAAUACAGUCGCAGACAACGGUCUGUUCACACUGAGGAGAAAUCAGCGGUUCAUGACAAUAUUAAAAUCACCUUUUAAAUCCUUGCCGACAAUUAAUGACUCGAAAAACGGAAUGAUUAGGGCAAAUAGCGAAGGGCCCACAGCUAAAGCAGAAAAAAAUAUCCCCCCUGUUGUACCGUUACGUAGAAUCUCGCAUUUAACUAACAACCAAAAAAGUAACGGAAAUGGCUCUCCUCUUAUGGAAGAGGAAUGGUUUCACGGUGUACUACCGAGAGAAGAAGUCGUAAGAUUACUCGUCAAUGAAGGAGAUUUUUUAGUACGCGAAACAAUGAGAAACGAUGAGUGUCAAAUAGUUUUAUCUGUUUGCUGGGACGGGCACAAGCAUUUUAUUGUACAAACUACAUCAGAAGGACAUUAUAGAUUUGAAGGACCCACAUUUCCAUCUAUUCAAGAAUUAAUCAGGUAUCAAUCGGCGUCCAACUUGCCGGUGACCAGUCGGUCUGGUGCUAUUCUUAAGACGGCAAUUUCGCGCGAGCGAUGGGAACUUAAUAACGAUGAUGUCAUCCUUUUGGAGAAAAUAGGUCGAGGAAAUUUCGGAGACGUUUAUAAGGCGCAACUGAAGGCUUGUAAGACUGAAGUGGCCGUGAAAACAUGUAAGGUAUCGUUACCGGACGACCAGAAACGCAAGUUUUUGCAAGAGGGAAGGAUAUUGAAGCAGUACGAUCACCCGAAUAUAGUCAAACUUAUCGGCAUAUGUGUUCAAAAGCAGCCGAUCAUGAUCGUGAUGGAACUGGUGCCCGGUGGUUCAUUACUUACGUAUUUGCGGAAGAAUGCUAGUACAAUAACACAAUGGGAACAAUUGCGUAUGUGCAAAGAUGUUGCGGCUGGUAUGAGCUACUUGGAAUCUAAGUUUUGCAUCCAUAGAGAUUUAGCCGCUCGCAACUGCCUCGUAGGAUAUGAAUGCAUAGUCAAGAUUUCCGACUUUGGAAUGUCAAGAGAGGAGGAAGAAUACAUAGUUUCGGACGGUAUGAAACAAAUUCCCAUUAAAUGGACUGCGCCAGAAGCUCUGAAUUUCGGUAAAUACACAUCGCUCUGCGAUGUCUGGAGUUACGGGAUUCUCAUAUGGGAAAUAUUUUCCAAAGGUGGCAACCCCUAUAGCGGUAUGUCCAAUUCGCAGGCACGUGAGAAGAUAGAUGCAGGGUAUCGAAUGCCAGCUCCGGAUGGAACGCCCGAAGAGAUCUAUCGAUUAAUGUUGCGAUGCUGGGACUACGAACCAGAGAAACGGCCGCAUUUUGAACAAAUAUAUACCGUGGUCGAGACACUAUCGCAAGCGUAUCUAUGAGUAUUAUGUUAAGAGUAUUUUACAGCCAACAAGAAGUAUAAAUUGGUGCUAUAGCUUCCUGACUCUUAUUUUGUAUAUUUACAAGUCAUAAAAUUCCUAUAAUAAUUUGUAUAUAUAUCGAGCUUUAAAGAUAUGAAAUGCUCACACUCAACCAAACCGUAUUUUAUCUUACAAAUAUACAUAUGAUAUAUCGAGGAAAGAUAUGAUUGGUGCAACUUCUGUCUGAUCCACAUUAGCGAGAUACUUCUGAUACAUUGAAUAAAAAGAAUCUUAACUCA